GCUGAAUACAAGUGUAAAUAAAGACCAUUAUCAAGGAUGUCAUACAAUGAAAAAACGAAGAAACGACAAUUAUGCUGUCAAAUUGAUAUACAAUCAAAGCCAGUAAAGCCACAAUUUUGUGAAUUGUAUUUUUGAAUUUUACGAUUCGCAAAAGGUUUGUAUUAGAUCUUUACAUUCUACAUAAAAAAUGUCUACAACGCCAACGCCAACGACUAUAUCGUGUGACAUUUGUGACAAAACUUAUCAACGUAUUAGUAAUGUAAACAAACACAAAAAGUCCGUUCACGGCGUCCUGUUACCAUCUGAAGAUUCUUACGAUUUCAAUUCCUCGUGCUUUAGAUGUUUAGAAGGCUGCAAAAUAGCGUUUAAAAAUCACAUCAGUCUCGUUUUGCAUUUACAGAAUGUUCACAACAUUGAUACUAACGUUAGGACGCUGGAAUUUAAGAACUUAAGGGAUUUUGAAUUAUGGAAGGGUAUCGAAGAAAAGACAAAAAACGUGCGUUACACUAAAACCACUGGAACAUAUUUCUGUCACUUGAGGCAACUGAAAAAAAUAUACUACCAAUGCUACAGAUCCGGUGGAAUAAAAAAACCUAAAGCUUCUGUAGACAAUGAUCGAAAACGGAAACCCAAAAAGGUUGGAUCCAUAAAAGUGGGCAACCAUUGUACCAGCAGAAUCGUGUUAACGAAGGAUUUAGAAAGCGACAGUUGUGUAGCAACUUAUUACGAGACUCAUUAUGGACACGACAAUGACAUAAAACAUCUAAGACUAUCUGAUGAAUUAAGAAAAGACAUUGCUAAUCUAUUGUUAGACGGAAAAUCAACUAAAGAAAUUUUUAGUGUACUAAAAGAACAUGAACAAGGCAUACAACAAAGAGAUUUACAAUUGAGUACGAAAGAUAUAUACAACAUAAAGAGGGCCUACAAAAUCAAACCUAGGUACACAGGUGACAAGAUUGAAAUAACAACACCUUACAAAGAUGAAAUCAAAGAAGCUCACGACUUGGCCUUAAAUAGUUCCUUCGACGUUGACUUCAGGGAUAAUUUAUACUAUGUUCACGAUACGAAUGAUAACAGUGUUUAUAUAGUAAAAGAACGAAGGGGUAGAGCGUGUUGCCACCUAAAAUGCAGCAUUUGCAACAUAUGCAUUGACAAUUACGAAUGUACGUGUAAGCCUUUCAUGAAGAAGUCUCUCGUUUGUGUGCACAUCCAUUUCUGCUUCAUCAAUAAGGAGAGCAUAUUAAAAACAUGCAGCGAACAAGAGAUAAAAAAAUUAGAGCCCAGUGAAGUUUCUAUUGAAGUAACGAACGAAAUGGCGGUAGACAAUGAUUCAGAAGAUUUAAAAGAAGAAUCACUAAUGUUGGAAGAUUUUAAAGAAGAAUCACUAAUGUCGGAAGAUUAUAGAGAAGAAUCACUAAUGUCGGAAGAUUAUAGAGAAGAAUCACUAAUGUCUGAAGAUUAUAGAGAAGAAUCUGUAGUAUCCGAAGAUUUCAGAGAAUGGCCUUGUACGUCUGAAAAUUCAAUGGAUGAGAUGGAGAUAGCGGUUUUUAAUACUGAAAAAGAGACGCGGGUGACGAAAGAAAACGUCAUAGACACUUGUUCGGAACUUUUAUACAAUCUGAAAACCAAAACGUACACGAAAGCUGAAGAAAACUUCAUAUACUAUCAAUUGAAAUUUCUGAAUUCUAUCAAACCAAAAGACGAGAGUGACUGCGGUUCAGAAAGUAGGAAUGAACCAAAUUGCAAAGUAGAACAAAUUACCAUCGUUGUAGAAGACGAAUGAUUCGUUAUGUUAGCUAGAAACAAAAU